GUAAAGAGUUAUAAGUUUUGAAAAAAAACUUUUAGUACUACUAAUUACGCAUGUAAUUACAGCUAUACCUGCAAUUAAAGAACAUUUUACACCGGCUCGUACCGCGUAACUGUCUCGAUCGAUUUACUUUCCGUUUAUUCCUUUAAAAUGGAAGCAUUGAUACCCGUAAUAAAUAAAUUACAGGAUGUAUUUAAUACUGUUGGUGCUGAUGCUAUUCAAUUACCACAAAUUGUGGUAUUAGGUACACAGAGUUCUGGAAAAUCAUCUGUAAUCGAAAGUUUAGUUGGUCGGUCCUUUUUACCACGAGGUACUGGUAUUGUAACCAGAAGGCCUUUGAUAUUGCAACUUGUUUAUACACCUAAAGACGAUCGUGAUCAUCGAACUGCAGAAAAUGGUACAUUAGAUCUGGAAGAAUGGGGCACAUUUUUACAUAAAAGAAAUAAAAUAUAUACAGAUUUUGAUGAAAUUCGCAAAGAAAUAGAAUCUGAAACAGAUCGUAUGGCUGGGACUAAUAAAGGAAUUUGCCCAGAGCCGAUUAACUUAAAGAUUUACUCAACAUCGGUUGUUAAUUUAACACUUAUAGAUCUCCCUGGUAUUACAAAAGUACCAGUUGGUGAUCAACCUGAAGAUAUUGAGAGUCAAAUACGUCAACUUGUAUUGAAGUAUAUAUGUAAUCCUAAUUCUAUUAUAUUAGCUGUUGUUACUGCGAAUACAGAUAUGGCUACGAGUGAAAGUUUAAAACUUAGCAAAGAUGUUGAUCCAGAUGGCAGACGUACUUUAGCAGUUGUGACAAAAUUAGAUCUUAUGGAUGCUGGAACUGAUGCCAUAGACAUACUGUGUGGUAGAGUAAUACCAGUAAAAUUGGGAAUUAUUGGAGUAGUUAAUCGUUCCCAACAAGAUAUAAUGAAUAACAAAACUAUUCAAGAUGCAUUAAAGGAUGAAGCUACAUUUUUACAACGUAAAUACCCUACCUUAGCAAACAGAAAUGGAACACCUUAUUUAGCUAAAACUUUAAAUCGUUUACUCAUGCAUCACAUUCGAGAUUGCCUUCCAGAUCUAAAGACACGAAUAAAUGUGAUGGUAUCACAAUUUCAAACUCUACUAAAUUCAUAUGGUGAAGAUGUUGGUGACAAGAGCCAAACUUUACUUCAGAUCAUUACUAAAUUUGCGAGUAGUUAUUGUUCCACGAUCGAAGGAACAGCUAGAAAUAUAGAAACAACAGAGUUGUGUGGCGGUGCUCGAAUUUGUUAUAUAUUUCAUGAAACAUUUGGAAAAACAUUAGAUUCUAUACACCCGCUGGCGGGUCUGACAAAGAUGGACAUUUUAACAGCUAUUCGAAAUGCAACUGGUCCAAGACCUGCUCUAUUUGUACCCGAAGUUUCAUUCGAAUUAUUGGUUAAACGACAAAUUCGUAGACUCGAGGAACCUUCUUUACGAUGCGUAGAACUCGUACACGAAGAAAUGCAAAGGAUCAUACAACAUUGUGGCACAGAGGUACAACAGGAGAUGUUACGUUUUCCAAAAUUACACGAACGAAUCGUCGACGUUGUUACGCACUUGUUACGUCGACGUCUCCCACCUACUAAUCAUAUGGUUGAAAAUUUAGUCGCUAUAGAACUGGCAUAUAUUAAUACCAAGCAUCCAGAUUUUCAUAAAGAUGCAGCUCUUGUAUCAUCCUUAUUGAAAGCUUCUGAUGUAGAUCAUGUAAAACAGAGUAGAAGAUUACCUUCUACUACAACUGCACCGAGUACUAUAAUUACAAAUGAUACAAACGUAAAGUCAGUUAACAAUCAAGACGAAGUAGCAUCUUUUUCCGAGCAGAAUAAAGAUCAGCAAGGGCAUCAAAAUCAUUGGUUGUUAAGUAACUUGUUGCCUCAUGGACGAACCGAAUCAAAUAGUUCAAUUGAUGGUUCUCCGGUGAGGAAUCACGAGCUCAGUACUUCUCCUCAUCCAAAUCAAAGUCCAAAUCCAAUGAUCGAAGGAAUAAAAACAUCCUCGCAACAAAAACCAGUAAAUCUACUGCCAGAGGUACCAAUGCAAACAUCUCGCAAACUUAGCGAACGGGAACAACGAGACUGUGAUGUGAUUGAAAGACUAAUAAAAUCAUACUUUUAUAUCGUACGAAAAUCUAUACAAGAUAGCGUUCCAAAAGCUGUCAUGCAUUUCCUAGUCAACUAUGUAAAAGAUAACUUACAAAGCGAACUCGUAACGCAUCUAUAUAAGUCAGAUCACGCCGAGGUUCUCUUAAACGAGAGUGAACACGUUGCUGUUAGGCGUAAAGAAGCAGCAAAUAUGUUAAAGGCACUAACGCAAGCUGGUCACAUAAUUAGCGAAAUUCGAGAGACGCACAUGUGGUAACUGAGCUUGUUCAUUACUCACAUCAUCAGUUUCUAGUUCAAUUUAGACAUUUUGGUGAUUUAGUAGCUAAACCGGCAGAUGAAAUCACGUGUAUGUCAAGCUACUUUGUGCAGUUUAUACUUUACAUGCAAACAGUGUUUACAACAACAAUUUUAAGAUCUAAGAUCUUUUAGUUUCAUUUUAUAAGUAUGAAAGAACACGAUACCGUAACACGUGCAUUUAUAGUAAUCAUUGAUAUCGAGCAAUUGAGGUAUUACUACUAAUAAUAAUGGUGCUCAUGCCACAAUUCUACGUCAAAAGCCUUAUUAAAUUAAUGCGAAUGUUCUUUUCACAUUUAAAACAAUCGUAAAACGUAAAAACAAGUGUAAACCACCGCGAAUGCAGGGCAAUUUGUAAUUUUUUACAGCAUUUUUGCACUGCAUGAAAAAAUUGAAAAAUGUAUAGUACCCGAUACUGGAUAUAAGUUUUUGUUUUUUGGUACUCGUGAUACAAAUUUUAACUCAUUUGUAUGUACGUGUGUGUACGCACAUGUGUAUAUUGUACACACCCACAUUCGUAUACAUGAUAAAUAUGUAUGUGUGUACACAUCUAUAUUAUAUAUGUAAUUAUAAAUGUGUACACAUUUCGAUACUUUUGUUGACUUA